AUGGUUGACUGUGAUAGAAUUGCAGUACGGAAUCCCGCUUCGGGAGAGCUCCUGGCCAGCGUCAACUCCCCUUCAUCACAAGAAAUCACCCAAGCAGUCAAUACAGCUCAAGCCAUUUUCACUUCGGGCGAAUGGUCUCAGGCGCCUCAUCACAAGCGAGCAGAUGUCCUUUCAAGAAUUUCUCUUGCCCUUGCAAAUGAGGUCACAGAUCUAGCCAGACUUGAGAGUUCCCAGACGGGUAGGACCAUAAGAGAGAUGAAUGCUCAAUUGGGGAGAUUACCCGAGUGGCUGGAAUAUUAUGCAUCGUUGUUGCGGACUGUACCUGCGGGAUAUUUCGCUCCGACCAAAGGGCCAUUACUAAACAUAAUCGAACGCGUUCCUCUUGGUGUCGUGGCGCAGAUAACUCCUUUCAAUCACCCUUUACUUAUAGCGAUCAAAAAAAUUGCCCCUGCCCUUGCAGCUGGUAACUCCGUGAUCGUCAAACCGUCCGAACUAGCCCCUUUAUCAGUGCUCCGAUUUGCUGAACUUUCCAUUCACGCUGGACUUCCAAGUGGCGUGCUUACAGUUCUCCCUGGAGGACCAAAUGUCGCGAAAGAGUUGAUUUCACAUCGUCUCGUUCGAAAGGUUGACAUUACCGCUGGCACUAGCACAGGACGAGCGAUAGGUGGUAUUGUAGGUGCUAAUUUGGCAUCAUAUACCGCCGAACUAGGCGGAAAAGCACCCAUCAUUGUUUUUUCAGAUUCAGAUAUGCAAUCUGCGAUCAAUGGCGUUGCGUUUUCAGCUUUCGUCGCAUCGGGUCAGACGUGCGUUUCCGGGGCGAGGCUUAUCCUUCAGGAUGAAAUUUAUGAUGAUUUCAUGGGGAAACUUGUUCGGAAAGUUGAGUCUAUCACGAGGAGGAUGGGCGAUCCUCUUAAUCCUUCUUCAACGAUGGGGACUGUGAUUCACGAAAAGCAACUGAGACGAAUUCAAGAGAUGUUGGGUCGAAUUUCCGGUACAUCAGCAAGAAUCUCCAUCGGCGGUGAAAGACUGACUGGUCCGUCAACGCUUGAUGGAUUCUUGUUCGAUAACGGAUCGUUCUUUGCUCCAACCAUCGUGGAGGACAUUUCAACCGAGGAUGAGUUGUGGAGAGAGGAGAUCUUUGGGCCUGUUCUGGUUGUGAAGCGAUUCAAGGACGAGGAAGAAGCCGUUACUCUGGCGAACGAUUCGAAGUACGGUCUUGGUGCGGGUGUAUGGACACGGGACCUCUCGCGUGCUCAUCGAGUUGCGGGUCGAAUCGAAGCUGGCUUAGUAUGGGUGAACACCCAUCACCGGAACGAUCCUAGUUCGCCAUGGGGUGGGAUGAAAGAAUCAGGAAUUGGGAGGGAGAACGGGGUCGAGGCGUACAAUGCUUAUUCGCAAUCCAAGUCGACCAUUAUCAAUGUCGCAUCCGUCGAAGCUACCCGAGCAGCAGACGACUGGUUUGCUGAAGACGAUCAGCCCAAUUCGCGUUACGGUUGA